AUGUUGUAUGAACUCAUAGCAAUCGUCCGGCCAGGCAACCUCGCAGAGGUGAAAGAAAUCGCCCGCACAGCCGGUUCCCUCAUCCUCAGAUCCGGCGGCACCAUCCGAGGUAUUAAUAAUUGGGGCGUCUUUGCUCUACCGAAACGGACGCGCAAACAUCAGGCGCAAUACACGGAUGGCCAUUACUUUGUUAUGAGAUACGAUGCGUCGAGUAAGAUUCAGGAUGAUGUGAGGACAACGUUGGGAUUGGAUCCAAGAAUGAUCAAAUUUAGCUCUGUGAAGCUCGGAGAUGGGACGCUGGAGAGUUUGAGCAAGAUAUCGGGUCGGGUUGACUGGGAGAAGCGAGAGGAGUUUUGA